AUGUCUUGCUGUGGUGGAAACUGUGGUUGCGGUAGUAGCUGCAAGUGCGGCUCUGGCUGCGGAGGGUGCAAGAUGUAUGCUGAUUUGAGCUACACAGAGGCAACAACCUCUGAGACACUGAUCAUGGGAGUCGGAUCUGAGAAGACUCAAUUUGAGAGUGCUGAGAUGGGAGCUGAGAAUGAUGGCUGCAAAUGUGGAGCAAACUGCACUUGCAACCCUUGCACCUGCAAAUGA